UUGAACCAUUUGAACCAUUUGAAAGGUAUUGGAUAUUGGAAGGUCACGAAGGUCUCGUCCUUUAUAAUGUAUUCAAACCCAUCGCUAUCAACCUCUGGUUUCGAUUGCCGAACCUUAGACUCAGAAAGCCUCUCAGUCCACGGUUAAUUGGCUCGUAAUAAAAUCCUAUGUUCUCCUCAUCGAGUUCCGACAAACCCACUGGUUUGUUUGCCGGAAUAUCCAACGAUUCUUGUGCAAACUUGUUUCAAGUUCCACUUACUAUAAAUAGUAAUGCUCCAGGCCCAGGACUUUUCGGCAACCUAAAAACAACCACGGAAAUCAGAACCAACAUUAAAGAAUCAGAACCUAGUUCCUCAUCAGCCCAUACAAUAGGGAAAAAUAGUAAUGCCUCAAAAACAGUUUUCCAUUCUCCUCGAAGUGGUGAUGGUUUUGAAAAAGAUCGAAAUGAUCGUUGUGUAAUUGACACCAGUAUGAAUGGCAAUGAGCACAAUAGCUAUUUCGAUGUUCCUGUAUCUUCGAACAAUGAAAAAGGGUGCUUAGAUUCAAAUGAUAUCCAGAAUGCUGCUAACUUGUAUUGGCCUGCAGUUAAAUUAUCUCGUUUGCCGACUGAAUACAACACAAAAAGUUUUCUACUGAAGCACUUUCAAAGUUUUGGUUCUGUUGAACGAAUUAUAUGUCAACCUUCUAUGGAUGCUGCUUAUAUAGCUUUUAAUUCUUUGUCUUCUGCAAAUCGAGCUAAACGAUCAGGACGUGAGUGUAUUGCAUCUGCUAACAUCGAUUUGCCUAGUUCAGUCCUUUUUACAAUGGCACGAUGUCGUCGUCAAACUAAUUCUGGAUCAACACCAAUAUCACCUAAGUUAGGUCCUAUCAAGGGUAAAAACAUUAUAUCAUCCAUGUCUCCAUCGCGUACAUCUCUGAAAAGAACAAUUAUAUCACAGUCUAAUAUAAAGCAGGUCAUGAAUAAAAAGCAAUUUUCUAGCGUAUCUGUUUCAAGUGAUAAUCAAUUAUCAUCUGUGUCGUCCCAGAUAGCAUUUUACAAUACACAACCAACAGUAUCAUCCUCUAUUACACAAUCAAAUGUAUCCGCCUAUAAUACGAAUAGUCUAUUCAAUCAAAAAUCUUCAAUUGCUACUACAUUAGAUGAACGACUGCUUGUAUUACAAGAAAAUUAUAAACGUGAUUGUGAACUGAGAUCUAUAUCUGAAUCUGUUGAUCCAAAAAUUCAAUAUUCAGAUAUAUGCAACAACAAUACUGAUGAACCAAUUCGUCAUGCACCUAUUAAAGGCACAUGUGAAGAUAUGUGUCCUGAAUUAGAACGUUAUUGUCGAGCUGCUCAUCAACGUGUAUCUAUAUUUGAGUGUUUACCUACCACAAUGAGUGCUAAUUCAUCUUCUUGGGAGAUGGAUCAUACUCGUGCUGUGAAAGAUUAUCAACGUUCUUCAGCUGAUCAACCUGUACCACUACCUCGAGAACUACGACCGACAUCUGUUUUACAACGUACAAUGGCUUAUUUACUAGCCAGCAUAGCUGAUCGCCCAGAAAUUGAUACCAGUCGUAGGCUGUGGAAACCUUGGUAUGAAUUUAUGUGGACACGUACACGUGCUAUUCGUAAAGAUAUACGACAGCAAAAUUUAUGUUGUCCAAUUGUUAUUGGUGUUAUUGAACGGAUAGCAAGAUUUCAUAUUUUUUGUGCUGCACGAUUAGUUGAUCAACCAGUGGAUACUUUUGAUCCUCGUAUUAAUUCAGAAAAUUUAACUCAAUGUCUGCAAACAUUAAAAGAGAUGUACAGUGAUUUAGAUUCAUCAAUUACUUCUGAAAACAUAUGUCCUAAUGAAGCAGAAUUCCGAGGUUAUAUGCUUUUAAUGAAAUUGAACGAUCAAAACGAGAUCAAUGAAGCUCAACGUUUACCUGAACGACUACGUCAAUCUAAACCUGUACGAUUUGCAUUUGCUACACAUGAAGCUCUCAUAACAAACAAUUAUAUCAGAUUUUUUCGUUUAGCUCGUCAAGCUACAUGUUUAGUUGCAUGUCUUAUGCAUAGAUAUUUUGUACAAAUACGUAGUCAAGCUCUAAUGAAACUAUCUUGUGCAUUUGCUGGACAUCCAAAACGAGAGGUUCAUUAUCCUCUUUCUACCCUCACACAACAACUUGGUUUUGAAAAUGAAACCGAAUCUAAAGAUUUCUGCGAAACAUGGGGUUUAUCAGUGUUUGAUUCAAAUGUGAUAUUUGAAAAACAAAUUCAACCUCAGCCACCUACGUUACCAUGGAAAGAACAGAGAUCAUUUCAUCUGGUUGAGAAUAAGCGUAUCGGUAUCCCAUUAUCAGUUCUAUUCAAUGGUUCUCCUAUUAAUCCUUCAGAUGCAAUACCAUCUCCUGUCCAAUCUUCAUUUGAUAUAAAUGGUAAAUAUAUUUGUUCACAAAAGAAACAUACACAAAAUGACAAUGAUACAAUUGAUUAUAAUAAUCGUAUUACUGACAGUAAUGUUUGUAAUAAUAAUAAUAAUAAUUGGAUCAGCCCAUUCAUAUAUCAACAACCGACAACAAAUUCUACCUUGGCAACAACUAAUUCAUGGUUAACUGAAAGGAAUACAUAUAACAAGAAACAAAUAUCUGAUGAACUGUUAGAAUUUGUAUAUAAUGAAUGUGUUGAUGAAGUUCUGUCCUAUUCAACAUUUGCUCAAACUGUUCUACUUGAGGAAAUCAUCAUUAAUGAACUCAUUGAGAAGUUAAUCAUAGAUUUCAUUGAAGAUCAUCUAAUUGAUCUUUUUAAUAAUAGGCUAGAUCCAAUACGUCGAAUAGAUAAAGAAAUCAUGGAAAAUAUAACAAAUGAAACAUUAAACUUAUAUUUAUAUAGUUUAGUACAUCGUGAAUGGACUGUAGAAUUACUUUAUAAUGAAUAUGUUGAUCAGCUAAUCAAUGAACAAUUAUAUAAAUUGGCAACAUCAUCUUUAACUAUAUCCAUUGCUAAUUCACUUUAUAAUUAUUCAUUAUUAAAAUGUUGUUUUAAUCAUUUUCAUUAUUUAAUAUGGAAACAUAAUAAAUUAAUACAAAAAGAAAAUUUAUUAAAUACAAUGCCAACAUCAAUUAGUAGUGAUUGUUUACCAUUAUGUUUAAUGAUGAACAAUAAUGAAAGGAAUACAAAUGAAGAUAUAUCUACUAUAAAUGUAUUGAAACAUUCAAGUUAUACAAGAAUUUCAUUAGAAAUGUUAAAAUUAGAUGAUGAACUUACUUGGUCUCCAAUGAAACCAUCUUCAAUAUUUUAUAAAUAUCCAUUAGGAUUAUAUAAAUCUAUUCUAAUACCUACUCAUACUUAUUCAAAAACUAUACAACAACAAUUUACCAAUAUAUUCCAUUGGAUUUAUAAAAAAUUAAAACAUUUACCUAUCGUUGUACUAAAUGAAUGGCCAACUUCAUCAGUAAUAUCCAAUCAAUUAUCAGGUAUUAUUGUUAUUGGUUACUUUGAUCAUUCAAUAACUAAAGAACAACUAAUAUCGAUGCAUUCAAUGGAUCUAGUUCAAAGUUAUGAUCAAGAUGUCAUCAAGGAUUUAUUGAUUUUAGCUAUAACUUGCUCAUUACAAGAAAUUUCUUGUUCAUCCCUUGAAGAUAUUCAUAAUAAUAAUAAUAAUGAUAUCUAUUUGGUACAUUUAUCUAAUUGUAUUUCAUUAGAACAAAAAUUUCAACCUAAUCCAUUUUGGUCAAUGAAUUUACAAUAUGGUCUUAGUUGGAUAGAAGAUUGUUUUAUAAAAAAAAUAAACCGUUUAAACCAUCAUACAUUUCAAAAUGGGUCCAAUGCUAAUCCAAAAUAUGCCUUGUCAUCAUCAUCUCCGUCGAAUACUGAAAUGACUAUGUUGUAUAGAAAGCUGCAUAGUUUAAUAGAUGAAUACAUUGAUAUAGCAUUAUUACGUCCAUUGGCUAAUUUAUCUGAAAUUUGGAAGUUAUAUGGGCUUGUUGAUCCAUCUUUAAAAUCUUUAAUUGACAAAUAUCAUUCAAUUAUAUUAAAUCUAAUUGAUCAAUUAAUUCCUAAGGAUAAAUUCUUUACUAAUCUAUUACAUAAUAGUCUUAUUCUAUCAGAAAAUAUACUCAAUUUAAUAUUAAUUGAUUACAACAAUAGUAAUAAUAAUAGUGAAUCCGCCUGUAGCUCCUCCGGGGACUACUGCCGGUCCCAAGCCCGGGUAAAGGCUAAUAAUAAUAAUAAUAAUAAUAAUAAUAAUAAUAACAAUGACAGUAAUAAUGUUAAUAGCAAUGUUAAUCAUGAGAAGAAUGUCAAUACUUUAUCUAUAUCAUGGAAUACUUACAUUAAUCAUUGGUUAAUUCUAUCUAAACAAUUAAAAUUCAAUUCAUCUAUUCAUAAUUGGAUAAUGAUAUCAUUUUAUAAAAUUGAAAAAGAUUUUAUUAAUUCAUUGAAUAAAACAAAAACAACAACAACAUUGACAAAUGAUCAGUUCUAUAAUGCAUUACCUUCAAUUUAUUUAGCGCCUAAUUUAAAUUUAUUUUAUGGUUUGAUUAAAAAUUGUUUAAAUCAAUUAUUAUUAAUGAAUAAUAAUAAUAAUAAUAAUAAUAAUAAUAAACAAUUACGUAAUCAUAAUUAUAAUGAAUUAAUUAAAAUAUCAUCAAUGAUAAACAAAUUAAUUAAUCAAAUAAAAUCAAACAGUAAUAAUAUAAUGAAUGAAUUAAUGGAAUAUUUUAAAGAAUUAAAUGAACCAUGUAUGACACAUUCAAAUGCAAUUCAUUUAUCACUUCAUAAUGUACAUAGAAAUCAAAUAGAAACUUCUUUACAAUCUAUACGUAGACAGAAAUCAUCUACAUCUAUUGAACAUAAAGAAUCAUUAUCAGCGAAAUUGAAUGAAUUAUCUUUCAAAAUUCAAAAAAUUGAAAAUUCUAUAAAUGAUACUAUAAAAGAAACCAAGAAAUCUAAGUUAAACACAAGUAUUUGAUUCGAGAAAAUCUGAUCUGUUUUUUUCGUUGUUGGUGGUGGUCGUAGUCGUGGUGAUUGUGAUGUUGGCGGCGGCGGUGUUGGUGCAUGAUUGUACAUGUUUGUUUCAUUUCAUAUCACCGUUUUUUUGUAAUAUAUAUGUGUAAAUAGCCUGUAUACGUGAAUAUUUUUUUUAACAUCUCUUAAUGUAUUUGAGAAUCUUUUAUUUGUGUUCACUAUUUAUAUGUGACAGAGUUCUUAUAAAUUCUCUACCCCCUUCUUUCGAAUGUCUCUUGUUUUUUUUCAUUAUCCGAACAUUUUUCUUUGCUAAAUAAGUGCCCUGGUAGGGCUGAGAUCGGGGAGGGCCUCUGACAGGGAAGUCUUACUGCCUUCCCGUAGCAUUACUGUUGUUUACGAAAUCAAGAAGACGAAAACCGAAUGUCCGGCGCUGUUACCGGUUUGGUGGACACGGCGCAUCCACCCAGGGGAAUCGGAAAGCCCUAAUUGCAAACAACCAAUAUUGCAAACCAGUAUCCUGAGGGAACAAAUUGUGCAUGAAUCAACCGUUGGUGACCGGCUACCAUGAGACUGUAUCUCCUCACGAUGCUCUACUGCCUUGUGGAUC